UUAAACUAAAAAAAGAAGAAGAAGAAGAAGAUCUUGGGUGCAAACAUGGCGUCUGUUGUGUAUUGGUGUGUGUCUCGGAACAUCCCUGCUAGAAGGUAACAGCGGCGACGUCGCGGUGCUGUGGACGGUAGCGAGGAUCCGCAGAGGAGUCCUCGGUGUGGAGGCCGCUAUAAUGGAAUACGGCAUGGCGCGCAGGGUGCCGUGUCCCCCGAGGAGGAUGUCCUCGGAGUUUGGCGCCAACGCUAGCCUGCAAGAUGGCGAGCUGAAUGUGGUCCAUCCCACCAGUGAGACUCCCGGAGGGGCACUGGCGAGGAGGACGCAGAGGAGCAAAUCGGUGUCUCAGGUCGUCCAACAGAGACACAUGCCCAUGGAACCAGGCAAGUUUCACAUCCCAAGGAAGUCCAAGGAGAAGAAAGCUUUGUUGAAGCACAUCUCCACUGAGUCACGGGAGUACGAUGGCGUGAUGAGCAUCCUUACCUCCGGCUACAUCGACAGCGCAUCCGCUGGCUGCUUCACCUACAGCUGUCCCCGCCUGGUCCACAGCGAGCAGCUGGAGAAAGAGUUUGUGGAGAAGAGGAGGGAGAUGAAGGCUGACGGGAGGACGGAGAAAGAGCUGGAGGAGAGCUACUGCUUCCUCUUGACAGAAGAGGCUAAGGUGCUCUGUCUCUGUGAGAAAGGCCUGACUGUGGGUCAAACAUGGCUGUCGCUCCUGGGAGACACAAAUAAAGGAGUGUAUUUGUGCAGGUACUCAGACCUCCUCCAAGUACAUCCGCUCACCCCAGGAGCCACAGGCGAGAUCCUCAUCUUCAAAGUGAUGAAGGGCAAAGUGAAGAGCAUCGAUGACAACAUGAAGAAUGUGCUGGAUCCCACGCCUCGCUUUGACAGUCACCUCCCCAAGAAUGCCAGCAACGUCACCUCCAUCACUUCCUUUCGCGCCUUUGAGUUCACGCAGCAAUACUUUUACGAGUACGCUUUCGAUGAACUGCGACCGCGACCUCGCCAGGUCUGUCCCUAUGCCGUUGUCUCCAUGCUGUUUAAAGGAAAAGACUCUCUACUUCCCAGCAUUCCUUUGGCCCCUGUCAGGCAGAACAGCCGACCGGCGGAGGCUAGUAAAGACGGAGCUCACUUCACAGUGUGGAGCGGCGAUCUGGUGCACAGUGAUGAGACCAUCUUCCAGAUCUCCCUCCGCUCCACCGCGCUGCCCUUCCUCCCCCACAAACUACCCGAGAGGCUGAAAAUGCAUUUCUUGAUGAGGCUCGACAAGGUGACCAAGCUCCUCUCAGCGCAGCUGUUCUCCUGCAACCUCUACAGCAGCAGCAAAGAAGUUGUGAGUCACGGCUAUCACUGCAGCCUGCUGGAGGCGGUUGACAGAAGUCGCUCGACAAGUGGCCUGACCACACUGCUGCAGGAGCUUGAAGUCAAAAGAGUGGUUCUUGUGACCCCGCUGACCGAGAGAGGCUUCCUCUUCCUACUGUCCAGUGUCCAGAUGUCCACACCUCCUGAGAGAGAAGAAGGUUGGAAGAGGUGUCUUCAGGCUUUGUUUGUCUUCCCUGAAAGCAGAGACGUCGCCAAAUCCACAUCCAGCAGUGCCUCCUCCUUUGAUGGUCCAUGUUCAUCUGGUGACAAGGUGAUGCCAGGUCUGGAGCACUUCAUCCCAGCGCUGCAUCAUGCCCUGAUCAAGGCCCGCGCCAAGCCUACUGUGGAGCUCUCUGCUGACGUGGAGCAGCAUGCUCAGGAAUACUUGAUAGGCCAGAAGGAGGGCAAGGUGCGCCCGCACUCUUUGGGCGUGUACGAUGUAAAAGAGGACAAGAGGGCAACGCCGUUUCAUGUUCCCAAACACCACCAGCUGACCUUUGAUGGAUACAUGCGCUCCUACCUGCACAGCCCCAGCUGCUACCAGCUUGCUGUUGGCCGGGCUCGGACGAUGGUGGAGGUGCACUGUGCACACAUGGAGCUUCAGGAGGCCAGGCCCAAACAGGGUCACGCAGGAGAGCAAGAUGUGGCCAGAAGCAACACUCGCAAGAUGCAGCAGCUGAUGGACAUGGUGUUGACCUGCAAGAAGAACGCUGAGAAUGAAGUGAGGCGGGAAGAAAGAGGAAGAGUAGGUGAGCUGAAAAGUCCAGCAAGGAAGAGGAGAAUGGAGCAGAAAACAGCACAGCGGACGCUUGCAUAUUUGAAGGUGUCGCUGGAGCGGUCAGAGAUGGCGAGAAGAAUGGUGUUGGAGGAGGAAUUUCUCACCGACUCAGUGGAUGAAGAGGAUGAUGUGUCAGAGGACUGUGCAUUGUCCAACUCCGAUGAUGAUUAUGAGCCACUUGAAGGAGAGGAGGAAGAGGAUGAUGAGGAGGAUUUUGAGGAGGUUACAGCAGAAGGAGCGGAGGAGCAACAACAGAAUCAGGUCAGCACACCAUGGCUUGCCAAAAACAAACAAAUUGUGUGGUCCUCUACAAAUGAUGUUUCGAGGUACUUCAUCUCGCCACCUAUCGUACGGCCUGGCCCAACGCUAUUUGCAAUUGCCAGGAUCAGCAGCCCCGAGACUGCUUUCAAUCUGUUUUUCCCGGACGACAUUAUCCAGCAGAUUGUCGAAAUGACAAACUUGCAUGGACAGCGCGCUAUCACUGGCUGGAAGAACAUCACAGUGGAGGAGCUGUGGAAAUACAUGGGGCUGCUGAUCCUGGCAGGAAUGUACCGCUCUCGACAUGAAGCAACUUUGAGUCUUUGGGAUAAAAAAAGGGGAAGGUCACUAUUUUAUGGCACAAUGGCACACAGCCGCUUUGCUCACAUCAAUCGUGCAUUACGCUUUGAUGAUAAACUUUCCAGGCCACAGAGCCACCACAGCAAUAAAUUGUCACCCAUUAGUGACUUGUGGCAGAAGUGGAACAGCCUCCACCGAAAAUUUUUCAACUUGGGGAGGGAUGUGUGUGUCGAUGAGCAGCUGGUCUCCUUCCGGGGCCGCUGCUCUUUCAAGCAGUACAUCCCAUCAAAGCCAGCCAAGUAUGGAAUAAAAAUAUGGACCCUCUGCGAUGCUGCCACAUCAUAUGCAUGGAACAUGGAGAUCUACACAGGCAAAGCUGCAGGAGCGCAAAGGGAGCGGAAUCAAGGAAUGCGUGUGGUGCUGGAACUCUGCGAUCUGCUGGAGGGCCACACCGUCACAGUGGAUAACUUUUUUACCUCCUUCCAGCUGGCAAAGGAACUGAAGAAAAAAAAAAUGUCACUGGUGGGAACGGUGAGAAAGAACAAAGGAGAGCUUCCUGCAGUGCUCCUGCAAAUUACCUCCAGGCAACCAUUGUCAAGCGUUUUCGCCUUUUCACCCGAGAUGACACUUGUGUCUUACGUCCCGAAAAAGAAUAAGAACGUUUUGCUCCUGAGCACAAAGCACCGGAAACCGGAGGUGGAGGGUGGUCCCAAAAAAAAGCCCAAGAUGAUUUUGGACUACAAUCGGUGUAAAGGGGCAGUCGAUCACCUGGACCAGGCAUGUGCCACAUAUUCUUGCCGCCGGAGGACAACAAGAUGGCCCAUGUGCAUAUUCUAUCAUAUGCUGGAUGUGUCUCUCUUCAAUGCAUUCACCCUCUUUACUCAGGUGGACCCCGGGUGGAAUCAACAUAAACUCUACAGGCGGCGUCUGUUUCUGAAGGAAGUGGGCAUGGCAUUGAUUCAACCUGCUACUACAGCAGCUCCCCAGCCGGCUGCAGAGGCCCCAGUGGUGGCCACGCCACAAAGCCAGAAACGUGGGCAAUGUGGCAUUUGCACUAACCGGCUACGGGCAUCAAACGUUUGCGACAAAUGUGGCAUUUUCUUUUGCCAAAAACAUAGCCAAAAAGUAUGUGUAAAUUACCUGCUGAGUCGCCUCCAUGAGGCCAGAAAGCCAGACGGGUCCACCGAACAUGUUGGACAGAUCCUUACUGACUGGGUGGGUCGUGGAGUCCAGAUAACUGUUGUGGAGACUACAAGAGACAAUGUAGACCAGCAAGCACGUCUCAACCAGGUGAAGCAGGAUAACAGAGUCCAGGACUUCCUGCAGCGCUGCCUCCAGUCGCCCUUUAGCAGGAAGUUGGACUUGUGGAACUUCCUGGACAUACCUCGCAGCCGGCUGGUGAAAUACCCGCUGCUCCUGAGGGAGAUCCUCAAGCACACUCCCAACGACCACCUGGACCAGCAACACCUGGAUGAGGCGAUGCUGAUGGUCCAGAGCGUGGUGGCGGCCUAUCCCAAUCCGAGAGCUCGACCUGGAGGACCUCUGACCAUCAUCGCCUUCUGCUGUCUCUUCUCUGCCGCCAAGAAUUUCUUCCGUGUUUCUUACCGGUGCGGCGGUCAGCAACAGAGCCACUGCUUUCAGGCCAGUGACGCCUUCAACAAGCAACAGUGGAUCAACUGUAUCAGACAAGCCAAGGAGGCGGCAGCCCUCAGCGAAGACCCCCAAGCUCCAGGUGGACCAUGUCCGCAGGAGGAACUGGGCGGAGACAUCAGGCCCCUCUGUGAGACUGGUCUGAGUCUGUGUAGCCACUCAGGGCUGGAAAAUGACAAGGGGUUGUGGGAGGAGACUAAUUUGGAAGGAGGGAACAGUCUCUCAGUGAUGGGGAAUGAGGUGACAGGAGGAAUGGAGAUGGAGACAGGACAGCAUGGUGAGACAGCGCGGUUGAGGAUCAAAGCAGACGAUGGCAAAGGAGAGAGACACACAAUGAGUGACAGGGCUGAUGGCACCUCCCUUAAAGAGGAGGUGGGGCAGGGGAUGGAGGAGGCAGAGCAGAGUGGCACUGAGGAGGCGGAGGCAGUCAGCAUUGACACUGGCUUAUUAGACAGGUCGGUAGAUGGCAGCCACGCGGCGGGCCGUAGAGAGGUUUCCCUUAAAGCUCAGCGAAGAGAAAGAUCUUGGGUGCAAACAUGGCGUCUGUUGUGUAUUGGUGUGUGUCUCGGAACAUCCCUGCUAGAAGGUAACAGCGGCGACGUCGCGGUGCUGUGGACGGUAGCGAGGAUCAGCAGAGGAGUCCUCGGUGUGGAGGCCGCUAUAAUGGAAUACGGCGUGGCGCGCAGGGUGCCGUGUCCCCCGAGGAGGAUGUCCUCGGAGUUUGGCGCUAACGCUAGCCUGCAAGAUGGCGAGCUGAAUGUGGUCCAUCCCACCAGUGAGACUCCCGGAGGGGCACUGGCGAGGAGGACGCAGAGGAGCAAAUCGGUGUCUCAGGUCGUCCACCAGAGACACAUGCCCAUGGAACCAGGCAAGUUUCACAUCCCAAGGAAGUCCAAGGAGAAGAAAGCUUUGUUGAAGCACAUCUCCACUGAGUCACGGGAGUACGAUGGCGUGAUGAGCAUCCUUACCUCCGGCUACAUCGACAGCGCAUCCGCUGGCUGCUUCACCUACAGCUGUCCCCGCCUGGUCCACAGCGAGCAGCUGGAGAAAGAGUUUGUGGAGAAGAGGAGGGAGAUGAAGGCUGACGGGAGGACGGAGAAAGAGCUGGAGGAGAGCUACUGCUUCCUCUUGACAGAAGAGGCUAAGGUGCUCUGUCUCUGUGAGAAAGGCCUGACUGUGGGUCAAACAUGGCUGUCGCUCCUGGGAGACACAAAUAAAGGAGUGUAUUUGUGCAGGUACUCAGACCUCCUCCAAGUACAUCCGCUCACCCUAGGAGCCACAGGCGAGAUCCUCAUCUUCAAAGUGAUGAAGGGCAAAGUGAAGAGCAUCUAUGACAACAUGAAGAAGGUGCUGGAUCCCACGCCUCGCUUUGACAGUCACCUCCCCAAGAACGCCAGCAACGUCACCUCCAUCACUUCCUUUCGCGCCUUUGAGUUCACGCAGCAAUACUUUUACGAGUACGCUUUCGAUGAACUACGACCACGACCUCGCCAGGUCUGUCCCUACGCCGUUGUCUCCAUGCUGUUUAAAGGAAAAGACUCUCUACUUCCCAGCAUUCCUUUGGCCCCUGUCAGGCAGAACAGCCGACCGGCGGAGGCUAGUAAAGACGGAGCUCACUUCACAGUGUGGAGCGGCGAUCUGGUGCACAGUGAUGAGACCAUCUUCCAGAUCUCCCUCCGCUCCACCGCGCUGCCCUUCCUCCCCCACAAACUACCCGAGAGGCUGGAAAUGCGUUUCUUGAUGAGGCUCGACAAGGUGACCAAGCUCCUCUCAGCGCAGCUGUUCUCCUGCAACCUCUACAGCAGCAGCAAAGAAGUUGCGAGUCACGGCUAUCACUGCAGCCUGCUGGAGGCAGUUGACAGAAGUCGCUCGACAAGUGGCCUGACCACACUGCUGCAGGAGCUUGAAGUCAAAAGAGUGGUUCUUGUGACCCCGCUGACCGAGAGAGGCUUCCUCUUCCUACUGUCUAGUGUCCAGAUGUCCACACCUCCUGAGAGAGAAGAAGGUUGGAAGAGGUGUCUUCAGGCUUUGUUUGUCUUCCCUGAAAGCAGAGACGUCGCCAAAUCCACAUCCAGCAGUGCCUCCUCCUUUGAUGGUCCAUGUUCAUCUGGUGACAAGGUGAUGCCAGGUCUGAAGCACUUCAUCCCAGCGCUGCAUCAUGCCCUGAUCAAGGCCCGCGCCAAGCCUACUGUGGAGCUCUCUGCUGACGUGGAGCAGCAUGCUCAGGAAUACUUGAUAGGCCAGAAGGAGGGCAAGGUGCGCCCGCACUCUUUGGGCGUGUACGAUGUAAAAGAGGACAAGAGGGCAACACCGUUUCCUGUUCCCAAACACCACCAGCUGACCUUUGAUGGAUACAUGCGCUCCUACCUGCACAGCCCCAGCUGCUACCAGCUUGCUGUUGGCCGGGCUAGGACGAUGGUGGAGGUGCACUGUGCACACAUGGAGCUUCAGGAGGCCAGGCCCAAACAGGGUCACGCAGGAGAGCAAGAUGUGGCCAGAAGCAACACUCGCAAGAUGCAGCAGCUGAUGGACAUGGUGUUGACCUGCAAGAAGAACGCAGAGAAUGAAGUGAGGCGGGAAGAAAGAGGAAGAGUAGGUGAGCUGAAAAGUCCAGCAAGGAAGAGGAGAAUGGAGCAGAAAACGGCACAGCGGACGCUUGCAUAUUUGAAGGUGUCGCUGGAGCGGUCAGGAUGGGACAAGGCUUCAGGGGAAGGUGGUCAAGCCUCGCCCACCCCAGGCUCACUCCCCUAUGUUAUUCAGUCGCUCGGGCUUACAGGCGUGGUUUUGCGGGAAGACGGAUCAGAGCUCUCCACCAGACUUCGCAAGCUGCUGACAGGUCUCAAGCACGCUGCCAGAGGAGUGGCCACUAGAGUUCACAGUGACGGUCCAGAGGAGGUGCAGGGAGAGUCAUCUCCCUUUGACAGGCUGGCCGCCAAGCUGGGACUGCCCACCAACUGUGACAUUGACCUGAGGAAGCAGGACGAACUGGAGGAUCACACAGCAGGCAGUGUGAGUAGUCUGGAGGGAUUCAGUCCCAGUGGGGACACUUAUCACCAAGGAGGAGGAGGAGGGGUUCUGGGGAGGAGUGCAGGAGGGUAUGAGGAUGAUGAGGAUGAGUGGGAGAUCCCCUGGGUGCUCACCCCCAUUACAGGCCUGUGUUCAGAGAGGUACACCCAGAGCGAAAGAACCCCCCCUGAUGAUCCCCGCUUUCACCACCUCGCCAUGGAGACCCUGCCAGACAACCCCACCCCAUCUCCUGGGCUUAGGCCUGCUCUGAGCCCCUCACCUGAUUCUAGCCCGCCUCCCUGCCCCGAGCCCAGCCCGCCCUUGUCCCUCGAACCCCAUCAUCCACUGUCUCCGUCUAGGUGCCCAACAGAGGAACCCUGCCGCCCCCAUUCCCCUGCUGGGUGCCUGUCCCGUCACAUCAGCUCCCUCCCCCUGCCUCCUCUAAGUUGGUCCCCGCUAAAGCUCAAUGAGCAAAACAAUGCAGAAGAGCUGCAGUUUGCUCCUGUCGCCCCCAGGGAGUGUGCAGGAAGCUCCAAGACCACAGAACACAAAACUGAGGGCAGAGAAGAGCAGGACAUCUCGUCUGUUAAACCAUCCAUUCCUCCAUCAUCCGAGAGGACGACAAGCCCCACAGAGCGAAGCAAGCACAACAUAGGAGGAGAAAUAGGAGAGGUUAAGGAGGUACAGCUCUCCAAGGAGGGCAAACAAUCCCAUCAGAAUGAACUACAAGAGGAAGACGUGAUGGAUGUGGUUGACUUGACUGAAAGCCCACCAGGGGGGCAGGAAAACAGGGAACAUGCGAUGGUGCAAGGCCCGUCCAUCUUCUCGCCGCCUGCCUGUCCACUAGAACCUAUUGACAACAUUUUGGACAAACAUUUCGCUCAUUUUUGCUCCGACUUGCAGCUCCUCCUGCAGAAGGAGAGCAUUCAGUGUAGCCUUCCUCCAGCUUCCAAUGCACCACCAAGCCCGGCCCAGCACAACCUGCCCUCUAUCAUGGUGUCUCCCUUUUCACAAUACGUGUCCUUGUACCACCCUUGUCCCCCAGUCGAAGGCUACGUCAGCUCACUCCAGGACAGCAUCAGUAGCAUGUUAAGAGACUAUGACACGUUCAACCAAACUGAACCCGAGGCGGCUCUGGCAAGCACAGUCAGCGCCUUCGUGUCCAGUAUCAGAGCAGCUAACACCCGAGAGGGCGAGGACGUGUCUGCGUCAGGGGAACUGACAGCUGCUGGUGUCCACAUUCCAGACAGUCAAAGGACAACAUUGUCCAAAGAAAGUGAGGUUUGGUCAGCAGACACACCCAGCAGAUCGUUCUCUGAUCCACCAAUCAGAAGUCCCCCACCUGCCGACUUCUCUGCAGCUGAACCUACCUCUGCAUCUGUGGCCGUCCCUCACCCUCAUAGACCCCCCCAGACUCCAGCCACUUUACAAGUCGACCUUGCUGUGCCUCAUACCAUCCAAACGUCCCCCGGCGGAAAAGCUGCUCAGGUCACUGAGUUCAUCAGCGCCUCUACGUCCUCAUUGGGGCCUCCGCAAGUUUGUGAGCAGGUCUCCAGCUCGGACCCCCUCCACCAGGCGUCAGCUCUCAGCUCCGUGAUCAGGCAGCUGAAGCCCGAGCUGUUAAACAACCUUUGUGAGAUCAUCAAGGAUGUCCAGAGGAGUUCCACACUGCAGUUUUAUGUCCACAGCAGCCAGCCUGAGGACCAGCUGAGCCAAGACAUCAAGGAAUACCUUUUGCAACAAGGUCACAUGGAACAGAAUCCUGUUUCCUUCUUGAAACAAGAAGUCUCAGACCGCAAACUUCUGGUGGUCAUUAAGAAGAAAGACAUAGACAAGCAUAUACACGAGAUCCCGGGUCUGCUCUCGCUCAAACAGCACCAGUCGGUGGUCUUUCUGGGAGUCAGCACCGUGGAUGACAUGAGGAGCAACACAUAUGAGGAACUCUUCAUGUGCGGAGGCUGCGUCAUCCCUGAAGACCUGAUCCUCAAUCCAGACCUUGUCCCUCCCAAUCAGCUGGCUGCACUGCUGGCACUCUUGGAGCAGCGGAAUUCUCCGGAAAAUGUUUGGAGGUGGAUGAUUCAUAGCAAACCCCUCAAGAAACUAAAAGAGCAAGCGAGGUUCAGGCGAGAUGCCGCCAGCUUGUUGGACAUCCUUUUAAGCUACCAGAAGCAACAGAUUGUGGAGUUCCUGCUGCCUCAUCACUGCGACAAGAUGAACCAGCAGUCACCGGAGCUGGACUGCCUGAUAAGACAUCAAGCCCAAAACACUCGCUUCCGACACACCAUCUUCCUGACCGUGCAUUGCUUGGACUUUAUGAAGUACUCCAAAAGUGGCAUCAUCGCAGCUGGUGUGGCGGAAAUGCUGGGCAACUUUAGUGCGCUGCUCGGUCAUCGUGACAACGGGGAAAAACAGCCAAUCAAAGAGGACCUGCAGUCAUCCAAAGGUGUCUUGAGGCAGAUGUGUCGUGAUGACGUCAACAACGUGAACGCCAGCGAUCAGAUUCCACGUGUCAGCCAGCAGCCCGAUUCCAGCAUCCCUCACACGUCGGACCAGCUGGUCCCGGAGGCCUCCUUCCAGGAGGGCGAGGCCCGGCACUCGGACAAAGACCUGCACAUGUUACAGAUGGCCAUCUCACAUUUGCGUGCCAAGAGGCAGCAGGAGUGCUUAGACGCUGAGGCCGUUGCACAGGGCGACAAAGCCGGGUCGCCUGCGGGAGUGCCGGCAAAAAAGCAGGCUCUAUGGACAAGUGACGCCUCCUCCGCCGAUUUCUGCUCGUCUACGCUGACGUCCAAUCAGAACGCAGCUGCAGACUCCAGUGAGGGCAGAACAGAAGAAAAAAAAGAUCAGUGUGGACACAUUUCAACGGACGUUGUCUCCAGUUUCACGUCCUGUCCUGUAGAGGGUGACACAUUGAGAGAUGCAUCAAGCACCAAGGCAACAACAACAAGCAUCACCAUGGUAACAGAGCAUCAGCAGAAGAUGAACGCAGACCCCCGUCAUUCACCGCAGCAUCUCUGUCAGAGUACGUCCCAUUCGCAAGCGCCACCUUACCGCCAGCAGCAGUGGGGUGCCAACCAGCAGGACCCUUGCAUAACCCCUUCCCACUUGGACCAGCGAUUGCCACCCUCGCUCGAGGGUCCUCUGGGGGGAAUGUGGGACUGUCAGAGACAGCAGACCGACACAGACUGGCACAGACUACCAGGGGGGUAUCGCUACCCUGCCAGACAGGGUAAUAGCGGGCGCUGGGGGUGGCAGCGAGGAGGAGGCGGCAGAGGCUUUAAUGGGAUGUAGGAUGCGGGAUUUAUUGCAGACCACCUGAAGUGACCUGCUGGUGCAUGAGAGAGAUUCUAGUAGUAUAGCAUUGGACAGUAGCACUUCUUAAAAUGAGCAAGAACCGAAUAAAGAAUUGUGGAGCAUUUCUCUCAUGACCCAGCAGCUAAAUUAGUUUUAAUAAUUGACUUUGAAGACAGUCUCUGACUGAUUACCUCUUUACAUAAACUAUUGAUUCUUGUGCAAGACGCCAAGAAGAAGCUUUUAAGACUUAACAAGACACAGGAAGUGGUCCACAGUGAACCUGCUGCCACUUUCAGAAGGGGCUUUACUUCAAUCCCUCUCAAGCAAAGUGUGAAAAAUGGCCACGUCUGCCUGCAUGGCGUGCUAUAAGAACUCAAAGAGUGGGUGCAGCUCAGGUGCUAAAGAAGACUUCCCGUCCAUUCAGAUCUUUUCUUUUUUUCUUUUUUUUUUUUUUUAAGUCUAACAAAGUGACUACUUUGUGGCUCUAUGCAGCUCCAGUCAGGUUCUUGAAUGCACCACUGCCUCAACGGGUCUGUGGGCUCUUGAUGUUCUUGGAUUUGUUUUUGCAGCCACCUUGCUGCUGUUAAUGUUGUGUUCCUAACGUGACUAAAGGUGACAGAGACUUUUGUGAGGUGUCCACCUUCCAGAGCACGCCACGUGUGUUGUAAAAAAUGUUUGCUUUGUUUCCCUGGAAGUUGUUUCUUUGAGUCUGUGAUAGAUUUUAACUUAAAACCAUCUUUCUUUUUUUACAGUUUUUUUAUUGUUAUUAAAACCUGACUGAGUAAAGCAGUUAUUCUGUAGUGUACGGCCACUACACGGAGUAAAAAUACUGUGACACUUAAAUACUGUAAGAUAAAAAUACGCUCAAGAUUUUACUAAAAUUUUACCUCGGUUUUCGUACUAUAUUGCAAUCCAAUCCAAUCCAAUCCACUUUAUUUAUAUAGCACAUUUUAUAAACAGUUUCCAAAGUGCUGCACAGACUAGUAAAACCGUAAAUAAUAAGUAAAAGUACAAAUUACUACAGUAAAAACAAAACAAAAUGCACGUUACAAACUAGUCUGUUUGCCGUGUGCUGUAUCGUUACACAAGAGUGCCCAAACACACCACCCUACGCAUUGCUGACCUAACCCUAACUAUAACCCUGCAUUUUUAAUUACGCUAAAAUAACCUGUCAUGGGGCAAUGAAGGUUGUGAAUGCCAGGAAUUUGAUUUAAAAAAAAAAAAAAGAUAUUGAAUUUGAUCUCGCCAGGAUAUAUGGGAAAUCCGCAUAACUUCCAUCCACUUAUCAUUUAUAAUUAUUUUGCAUUGUUUUUAGCGCUGCGACGAUUAAUCAAUGAUUCAUCGAUUAUUUAAUCGACAGCUAUUUUGGUCAUUGAUUAAUCGUUCCAUUUCAAAAUGUACUGUAAAUAUCCUGAUUUCAGCCUCUCAAAUGUGACUGUUUUUGAAUUUCGUAGUCAUCCGUGAAAGCAGACCUAUUGUCUUUGUUUCAGACACACACAAACACAUCAGGUUUGACUUCGGAAAAGAGCAAUCGACAUUUUUGCCUCUUUCUGACAUCUUGCAAAGCAAACCACUGCAGAGACGCGUGCGUAAGAACAUUCCCACGCAAAGUAUAGGAUUUAUCCACUUGUACUUGCGCGUAGGAAAAUGCGUACAUUUAUGCACAACUCUUACCAUGCAUACGCACAAAACCUAGUGGUAGAACAGUGAAACUACAAACUCCAGCUAUGGCUGUGCCUGUCCAGCACAGGCUAUAUCGUCUUGCUACGUGUUUCCCAACUUGACCAUCAAACAAGGCACCACCAAACGCGAAGCGUGCCCCUAAAGUUUGUUUAUUUAUUUAUUAUUUAUUUGUUACUGAUGCACAUGUAGAAGUCUGUGCCAGUGACUUGUUGAUUUGCAGUAGUGUGUUUGUGUCAGUUGAUUGUUUAUACUUCUCUACUUCAAUUCCGAUGUCGGAGAAAUUCCUCUUCCUCGCCCUCUUUGUUAUGAUUUUGGGGAGGGAAGAAGUCCAUUCAUGCAUUCUUAAAGGGAUUGCUGCUAAGAAGUGGAAAUGAAAAAUGGUAGUUUUCUUUAAAAUCAGAUUCAUCGAUUAAUUGAAAAAAUUAAUCAACCGAUUAAUCUGUUAUUAAAAUAAUUUAGUUGCAGUCCUAAUUGUUUUCUGCAUGUAAAACUACAAUUAUUCUUUUUAUUUUAUUUUAUUUUGUUAAUAUUUUUGGGUGUCUGCAACACAUUAUAUGGGAAAGGAUCGCCUCGGUUUUCGUCUGACCUUUUGGAACAAAUAAUGAAAACCGAGGUUCCACUGUAGUGCUAUUUAAUGAAUUGCGUUGCUCAUGAUACUCAUACUUCUAUGUCACAGGAAGUUUUUUUUCGGGUUCUGUGGUUGUCACACGUUAUCAUCACAUGUCCUCUUUGCAGGCUGGUACCCGUCUUUGGUGGCUUCACACAGAAGCCAAAAAAAAGCAAAACACACGGAGUGGACGUCUCAGAAGAAUUUGCAUGCUGGUGGUUUGAAGUCCCAGGUUUUCUGUCUUUAGGGGUAGAUUUUCCAGAACAUUCCUGGUUUAAACUCUCAAAUGGUGACACUUUUGGCGUCUUCCACUGUGGAGCAUAAAGCUAGGGUGACCAUAUUUUGAUGACAGAAAACAGGACAGUCGGCCUUGCAAUAAUAUACUGAAGUGAUACUCGAAGUGUAUGCAAAGAUGCCUUACCAUUUCAAUACAUUGAAAGUAUCUAUAACCAAAUACGUACACAAGUUGAAAUAGGCUUGUUAGGUUAGUCCACUUGUUUUAUUAUGCCUAAAGUAAUAUCUCUGAUAUGUUUCAAUGGUGCAAAAAGAACUUUAAAGACUCCAUAAUGAAACAAGAAUAUAAAUAAUGUCCCUUCUGUAUUAGGAAAAUCAGCGAGUAAGAAAAUAAUAGCUCUCUUUUCAAGUCGUACCGGACUAAUAACUAAAAAAUACAUGAAGUAUAAGUUAUAUUUGCAAAUCCAACAAAAACUAGCUCAACAGCUUUGCUUUCUCGUUGAGAAUGUAAAGAGAGCCACCAACAGCGCAGCCUCUCAUGGAUUAUGUCACAUGCAGCAGUGCCCUAAUGCUGGUCAGUUUCAUGGAAAAACUGAAAACCGGGACAUGUCCUGGGAGAACAGGAUGUUUGGUCAAACGACACAAAGCAAUUGGAAAGCCACCUUAACACUUGCACACAUUUUGUCCCUUCAGCGGUAUGCAAUUUUGCGUGCCAAUGAGUAAAUUUGUCGUAACCAAGCGUGAAGUACGUGUAAACUGUGCUGGACUGAACUGUUCAAAAUUCCUCGCACACAAAAUGUUCGUGAACGCACCACAACCUAUGUGAAAACAAACUGCGUCUCAUUCUCAUCAAUGGGUUAACUUUUUCCCACCACCUCUUGGAACAAGUUGGGCGGAGUUCUCAAGUAAUUGCUAUA